UUGAAAGUGGCUUGACAGCUAACUAGCUUUAGCAACACAGUUGGCUAUCCUCUAAAGGUUUUAAUUGCAAAGUACUGGUUUAUGAUACAAACGCAUAAUGCAGAAUCACUGCGCUGUACCGAACUGCACUGGCGGGGAAUCCGACCCUCAGCCACUCUUCAGGUUUCCGCAUGAUCCAGAAAGGUCCAAGAAGUGGGUUGAAAAAUGCCAGAGGCAAGACCUCAUUGACAAAUCACCAGACCAGUUGUACAGAUACUACAGACUUUGUGGAAAACAUUUCGAAACGUCUUACAUUGAUAGUGAAGCUCAGAGUAAAGUGUUGAAGGAUGAUGCCAUACCGACUCUCUUUGAUGUGCCUAGCCAACCUCAAAAUGGACAGGUGAAGCGCAGUAAAGAGACGACCAAAGAUGAGGAAAUGGAGAGUAAGGGUAGAAAAAAAAUCAAAAAGUCUCAAGCAGGGACACCUAAGGAAGAUGUUCAGACACUCCCAGAGGAAGACGAGCACAAAGGGUAUCUUAAGUCACUAUUUGAAGUUCUUGUACUGCUGGCAGAGCAAAGCAUUCCCCCGACAGGGCCUGGUGAGGAUAAACAGGAUGGCCUUGUGUCAAGCAACUUUCACGCAUUGUUAGAAUAUCGCAUUAAUUCUGGAGAUGAAGUCCUUAAGAAGAGGUUUGAUGUGAAUAAGGAGAUCUGCUCCUCAGCUCAGCUGAAUCAGUUGAUUGAGGUGUGUGAGAAAUGCAUUCAGACUAAGCUGGUGGAGGAAGUUAAACAAAAUGGCUUCUUCUCGUUACUUACUGAAGAGCUGGUGAAGAUCUCAGGAGAGUGGUACCUCCCCAUCUUUCUGCGUUAUGUGGACCAGUCAAACUGCCAGCGGGAGAGUUUUGUUGGCUUUUUGUCCUUUGAAGGAGAUGGAGACGCAUUAGCAGAGAAACUGCUGUCUGAAAUGACUGACAAAUGGGGCUUAGAUAUGGCACAGUGUAGAGGUCAAGCCCACGCCUGUUUUGGAACAAAUUUUGGUAAAAUAAAAAGAUUCGCAGCCAAACUGAUGGAGAGGUAUCCAAUGGCUGUGCUUACACUAAGAUCUACUCGUACAUUGAACGUGUCACUGGCCAAUGGCAUGGCUCUCUCAGGGGUUCAGCUCGUCAUGUCUACGUUCAAGAAGAUUGAGUCAUUCUUCAGUCAGUCCACUUUACUGCAGUUGGAGUUGGAGCAUGCCAUUUCGAUUUUCCACCCAGACAAAGAGGAGAGAGCCAACGAACUGAAGGAGAUCUGUCGAACCAGCUGGACCGGACGGCAUGAUGCAUUUGAGGUGGCAGUGGAAAUCCUAGAGGCAUUACUACUCUGUGUGGACAGUGUGCAUGACAACGAGGACAUGAGGUGGAACGAUCAAGUCGCACACAACGCUUUAGAGAUUUCAAAAGCACUUGUUGAUUUUGAGUUUGUCAUGGCGUUGGUCGUGCUGAAAAACGUAAUGACACUUACACGAGCAUUUGGGAAGAACGUUCAAGGGAAAGCAACAGAUGCCCACUUUGCUGCAACCAGUUUAAAAGCUGUGUUGCACUCCCUGAUGGAAGUGUCCGACAACAUAGAUGUGUAUCAUGAGUUCUGGAACGACGAGGUUGUUAACCUCGCCGCUGCGAUGGAGAUCCCAGUUAAGAUUCCUCGGUCAUUCUUGAGAAAGCAUCGGUCAGAAUCUGGAGCCGUUCAGCCAGAGAGUUACUACAAGGAGCACCUGUCCGUUCCCGUGGUGAACUAUGUCAUCAAAGUAAUGAAUGAACUCUUCUGUGAGGACCACCUGAAGGCUCUGAGAUGUCUGUCGCUAGUCCCUGCUGUCAUAGAGCAGCAUAAGUCUACUGAACCCGAGGAAGAGAGUGUGCAACUCUUUAAAAAUGACAUCCCUAAUGCCGGAACCCUCUCCGCCGAGCUGCACUGUUGGUGGGUCAAAUGGAGCAAAAAGGGCAAAGACGAGACUUUACCCUCCAGUCUGCAUGAAACACUGCAGCUGGGCGACGUGAAGUUCUUUCCAAACAUGCUUGCAGUUCUGAGGCUGAUCGGCACCCUGCCCACCUUGGCUCUGGAGGACGGCUGUGACGUGGCGUACAAGCGCUUCCAGAUGUACAUGGCGAACACGCCUGAUAAAUUCAAAUCAAAAAGUCUCGCUCUUCUGAACGUGAACUACGAUGUUGGGUAUGAUUUAGAUUCAGUGGUUGAGGUCUACAUCAAGACAUACCCUGACAGGGAGGAGGUUUCAUAGUCAGCUGUGAUAUGACAGAUUAUCCACAUCUUUGUGAAUAAGUCUUGUGUAGACCGUGUUAUCUUGAUGAGAUAAACAUUUAUCUUUUUUUUUUUUAACUAUCCAGCUCUUAUACUGAUGUAGAAACUUUUGUGAUAAAAUGUAGUCUUUGAAUAGAGAGCCGAAGCCCGUCCCUUCUGCCUCCGCCUCAUGGGACCUUAUUUCAGAAAAACAUGUACGGUAGUCAGUGGUAAGAGACAAGUAAUUAUUUAAUUUUGUGCCCUGAAUUUGUUAAUUUUAAAGAGUUUUGGCCGUCAAGGAAGUGGCAGUUUAUCGUAAAACAGUAAAGUAACAUUCAGUUUAGUGUGAAACCACUCAGUGAUCUACAUCUCUGGUCUUGCACAAUGUGUUUUUUGGCUCUCUAUUUUUUUUGCAGUGUUUGUCCUUCAUGCUGUUUUCAUGUUGUAUUUUGGGCCAAUAUUGGCCCCUCUGUGAACUUCCCACUGUGGAUAUGAGUCCUGAUAAAAUGAUAUCUUGACUGUAGUAAGUUGUACAUAGUUUAUUUGUUAAGAGUGGGAGUUAAAACUCAUGUAAGCCUUGUUUAGUGUUUUUGCUGUGUCAACCAAUGUUCUGCUGACAUACAACAUUUAGCUAAGGGGGAUCAACUAUAAAUCCUGAACAUGUUAAUAAAGAGCAGCAAGUGGUCUUGGGUUUAACAAA